AUUAAAAAAGUAAAGAGAAACGAUUUUCUAUUGACAAAAGGGAACUUUCGUGACGUUUUCUCGAGAUAGAGCCAUCGAAGAACGAGGCGGAGCUAUGACGCCGUUUUCUAUAUCGGCAUCACCUUCGCCGCCGUGGCCACUUCUCUCUCCGCCACUAUCUUCACCGUCGCUAAACAGAGCUGAAUUUUUUUUUCGAAACGGUUGUCUAUCUUCACCGUCGCUAAGCCGCAAUACGCAGAGAAAAGCAUGGAAGCAGUUACAGGUGGUGGCUAUGGCUCCUGAGGAAGAGAAGCUCACUCGUCGUAACCCUCUCGAUUUCCCUAUCGAAUGGGAGAGACCGAAGCCAGGGAGGAGACCAGAUAUAUUCCCUAAGUUUAGUCCUAUGAAGUCACCGUUGCCUCCUCCUAUGCCUUACGAUCCUCCAGAAGAAGAUGAAGAAGAGGAAGAGAAGAAAGAAGAAGAAACAGAAGACGACCCUGAAAAGGAAGACGAGGACCAACCAGAUAACCAGUAGUAAAAGGUCUCAUUUCUCAAACUGUUAUCGUGGUUGUUUGUCUUGCCUUAUAAACCUCUGAACUCAUUGCUGCUUCUAUUUGUUCGUCUACCUAACUUACAUUUUCAUAUCGGAAUCCUAAAGGAUAGAAAAUCCAAAACUAUUUUUGUGUUUAUAGCUGUGGUAAACUUGCUUUUCGCAAACAAACUAAAGAAUGUAUCUGCCAUUCAUUGGUUUAUUAGGUAUCGUAGGGCAACUAGUUUGCUUAUGGACAGGUAAAUGUCUUGCUUUCUGCUUCUGCAUUCAAA